AUGUAUUGGCUCCACCCUUCCUCGAAAUCCCUGGGUAUUUUUUCUCCAUUUCAUCCUCUGUUAUGCAUUUUUCUUUACUUCAAUUCUAAUAUUUUAUCCCUCCUUCAUUUUCUUUAUUUCUUAAUUAAACUCUCUUUUUUUUACCUAUCUUCUUUCAUUCGCCUUUUCUUUCUCUAUCUGUUAACUUCUCACUCUCUUAUUCAUCAUUAUAUCUGCUUUCUCCUCCCCGCCAUCUUUUCCUCAACUCUCUUACUACUCUCUUCUUUUCCCCUCUCUACCCACUACUCCUUUCUACUUUCCGUUUAUAUGCUCUUUUUAUUCGUCCUUUAUUCUCACUCUUUCUCUCUCUCACACACUUCAGUCUUUUCCAUAAUUCCCAUUUCCCUCCUCCUCUUCCUCCUCUUCCCCCCCUCUACACUUACACUUUGCUCUUACCUUCUCUCAUCAUAUUUACCUCGACCGUCUGCUUCAUCCAUUUCCAACUAUCUUUUCUCCCUCGUUUUUUUCUUCUUCAUUUUCGACAACCUUUAUGUUACUGCACCAUUUUCGCUUCUUAUAUUUUUUCUAUUUCUGUCAGCAUUAAUAUCACUGUCUCCAUUCUCUAGUUUCUUUUCAUUAAUCUUUUUAUCCUUUCUCUUUCUUGCCCUGCAGCCAACAGUCGGGGCACCUUAA